AUCGAAUAGCUACUACGUACCUAGCUACCUACCUUGGGCAGAACCGCGAGUGACCUUACUGUCUUGUCUGCCCCUCCCAUCCCCCACUCCUCCAUUCCGCCCUCUACGCAAGUCUGAAAUGUUGCUAUUUGCAAGCUUCACCUCCAUCUUCUUACUCAGUUGAUACCACGACUCGGCCGUCGACCAUGCGGGCAGAAACGACAUCACACGAGCCGACACUCUCCAAAGUGCAGGCAUGCAGUCUUUUGUUGGCAUAUUGUCUCAUUUACGUUCUGCCUCUACACAUAUACCGCCCAGCUCGAGCGUCACCUGAACGCUCCCGAGAUGACCCCAUUGCUAUACGCGCCCGCAUACGCGCUGUCAGCGUCUCCACGGCAGCGUGCUCAUGCGUCACCUUCGUCCUGUUGUCGACGUAUGCCGCGCCCUGGCGCCUGAUGGGCUAUUGGCCUUGCGGUCUGCAGGAAACAGUUCAAAUUCUCUGCCUCACUGCCACUCUUUUCGCGGCUCCUUUGUAUGAGUAUAUCAUUAUCGACGGCGCCUGGUCGGAAUGGUUGCAUCUGCGACCACUGCGGCUCCUGCAGCACGACUGGCCAACUUGGAGAAAUCUUGUCGCGGGUCCUAUCACUGAAGAGUGCCUCUUCCGCUCCGCGUCUGUACCACUUCUUUUAGCGGCUGGGUACAGUAUCUCGGCCACCAUUUUUCUGUCGCCUCUAGUCUUCGGCCUGGCUCACAUCCAUCACUUCUACGAAUUUCGCAAGACGAACCCAGGGGUGCAUGUUGGCGCUGCAGUGGCACGCUCGGUCUUGCAAUUCUCAUACACCUAUCUCUUCGGCGUCUAUGCUACCUUCAUCUUCUUGCGUACAGGCUCGACGCUCGCGGCAAUCGCUGCUCACGCCUUUUGCAACAGUAUGGGUCUUCCUCGAGUAUGGGGGUCAGUAGAGCCGUACUGGCUCCUGGAGGGCGCGCCGGCGCAUCUGCAAGGCGAAGAACAGAAGCUGUGGACCGUGGGUUACUAUGUGCUCUUGUUUGGCGGUAUGGCGGCUUUCUACUGUGCACUCUUCCCGCUCAGUGUGUCAGAUUUGGCACUAGAAAGUUUCUGAAUAGUGGGAAAUCGUGCCGCG